AGCAGACAUGGACCAGCUGAACCUGACCUCUUCUAACUUCACUAACUCCUCAACUGCAGGACCUCCAUCUUCAGUUUCUGGUUUGAGGACCCUGGUCCCAGUAGGACUCAUGUCACUCUGCUUCCUGGUGGGAAUCCCUGGGAAUAUAGCUGUUUUAAUCCUCAGACCAAACUGGCAGAAACUGUCCAGACUGACCCAGUGUCUGAUGAUGAACCUGGCCUUGUCUGACUUGUUGUGCUUGAUCACUCUGCCUAUUUGGAUCUACGCUGUUCUGUACAACUGGGCUCUGGGUAUCACUACCUGUAAGAUGCUUGGGUUUGUGAUGCAUUGUAGUAUCUUCAGCAGCGUACUGACUAUAACUGCUCUGAGUGUCCAGCGCUACAUGCAGGUCAUACACCCACAGAGAUGUAUCAGAUUCAAGAAGAGAUUCCUCAUCCUGUUGUGGCUCAUGUCGAUGGUCCUCUCCAUUCAAGCUUUAAUGUCCCGGCAAAUUAUCAAAGAUCAGCAUCAGAUGAGCUGUUUUAUAAAAUAUAACUCUACACAGCAUGUGGCUAUGUUGCUUACAGAAUGCUUUUUUGGAUUCAGCUCAUUCACCAUUACUGCAUGUGCAUAUAUUUUUCUGCACAAAAAGCUAAACCAGGCAGUAUUUUUCAACAAUCCAUCUACCUUCAAACUCAUCACCAUUAUCAUAGUGACAUUUUUUGUAUUCUCAAUGCCAUACUUGGUUUUUAAUCUUGUGAUGGUGGGAGCCCAGCCCGCGGCCACUCCCAAGCCUUUAAAAAUGGCCGUCAUUGGACAAGCCCCCUCUUUGUCUGGACCAUGUGGAGAUACAGUGCUGCUGUCCCUGUGCUUCCUUGUGGGAUUCCCUGGAAAUAUAGCAGUUUUAAUUCUCAGACCAAACUGGCAGCAGCUCUCCAGACUGACCCAGUGUCUGAUGAUGAACCUGGCUUCGUCCGACUUGCUGUGCUUGGUCACUCUGCCGAAUUGA